CUGGCAGCUCUGUCUCGCCGGUAACCGGCCACAUGCAAGCGCGCCUCCCGUUCACCAGCGUGCGUGCCACUCUCACGCCCACACUGCCGACUGACAAGUAAGCUAUAUAUAGGCCUGCCCGCAGACUUGAGCUAACAUCUGCAAACCACUUCAAACCAAGAAACCUCCUCAGUCAGUUUUAAUCCUCGCGACGUUCGAUUGUUAUAUGAUGGCGGAGACCAAGGCGGUGGCUGUUGCGGUGGAGGCGAGUCCGGUGGAGGUGGAGGAGGGCAGGAGCAAGACAGUGGAGGCGAGUCCGGUGGAGGAGGGGAGGAGCAAGACGGUGGCUGCUGCGGUGGAGGAGGGGAGGAGCAAGACGGUGGCUGCUGCGGUGGAGGAGGGGAGGAGCAAGACGGUGGCUGCUGCGGUGGAGGAGGGGAGGAGCAAGACGGUGGCUGCUGCGGUGGAGGAGGGGAGGAGCAAGACGGUGGCUGCUGCGGUGGAGGAGGGGAGGAGCAAGACGGUGGCUGCUGCGGUGGAGGAGGGGAGGAGCAAGACGGUGGUGCUGGUCGCCGUGGACGACAGCGACGCAAGCUACCGCGCGCUCGAGUGGGCCGUGCGGCACGUGGCGGCGACGGCCGGCAUGGCCGGCGCCGGAGCGGUGGAGCUCGUUGUCCUCCACGCCAAGCCGCCCACUUCCCUCGCCGUCAACAUGGGCGGCCCCGGCGUGCCCGGCGACGUGGUGGGGUUAGUGGAGGAGGACCUGCGCAAGAAGGCCGAGGGCGUCGUCGGCAAGGCGCGCAGCCUCUGCGCCGCCAACUCGGUGGAGGCCGUGGUGGACGUGGUGGACGGGGAGCCGAAGCACGUCCUGUGCGACGCCGUCGAGAAGCACCACGCCGAUCUGCUCGUCGUCGGCAGCCAGGGCUACGGCGCCAUCAGGAGGGCAUUGCUUGGGAGCGUGAGCGACUACUGCGCCCACCACGCGGACUGCUCUGUGGUGAUUGUCAAGCAGCCCGGGUCCAAGAACUGAUCGCCAUUUUCCGGUGUUGGAUCGAUCGUGCCCAGUUCCAGUGUUGGGAUUGUGCCAUUUGCGUGCCUACACUAUGUAUCCCUGCCUAAUUAUUUCUGCUCCAACCGUUGUAUUCUCUCUGUUAUUUACUCUGCAUAAUACUAGCAGUCGAGCUUUGUAAACUUUGAUUAAAUUUAUAUUAAUAGUGAUCUAAAUGAUCUUAUAUUAGUUUA